UCAAAAACUUUCUCUCUUCGAUCAUACUUGUAAUCUUUCUUGUUCAUCUUCAGUAGAUAAUGGCGACUAGAACAAUAAUCUUCGGCUUCGUGUUCGCGAUGAUGAUGAGCUUCACGGUAUUCUGCUCGGCGAGGAUCUACAAAGUCGGAGACUCCGAGGGAUGGACUGCCAAGGACGACGUCUACUACGCUUGGGCUGAAGCCGACCAUAAAGAGUUCCACGUGGGAGAUUCUCUCGUCUUUGAAUACGAUCCCAACAUCAACGACCUGACUCAUGUUUCUGGCUCUUUGGAAUACGAGUUUUGCGACUAUUCGUCUCCUAAAGCCGUCUACAACACAGGACACGAUGUCGUGACCCUCACGGAACCAGGUUUUCACUACUUCAUCACCUCAAACCAAGCUCAAUGCGUAUUGGGACAGAAACUCGAAGUUCUUGUCAUCCAUGACCCGUCACGUCCGGUUCCUCCACCACCACCGAGCAAGAUCCUUCCUGACGGAAAGACUUACAAGGUCGGAAACUCACAAGGAUGGAAAGUCUAUGACGACAUUGACUUCUACAACAAGUGGAGUGAGGAGAAACAGUUUCAUGUUGGAGAUACUUUGCUUUUCGAAUACGACAACGAAGUCAACAACGUCUAUGAAAUCAGCGGUGAACUAGAAUUCAUUACCUGCGACCCAACGUCUCCGGUAGCCGUGCACAAGACAGGACAAGAUCUUGUUAGGCUUACAAAACCAGGAGCUCAUUAUUUUGUAACCUCACACUCGGGUUAUUGCGAGGCUGGGCUUAAACUUCGAGUGAUAGUUGGACCACUACCCGAAGCUGUUGCUUUCUCUAGUUUUCCGAAGAAGGUGGACUUGUCAGCUAUGGGGCGCCUCAACAACUGGUUGAAGACGUUCAAACACUAACCCAUUCUUUUUCUUGUCUGGUUUAAGAUUUUUUUCCAGUGUAGAGUUAUUGUUUGUCUCUCUUGUCUUUAGUACUUUGUUUUGAGAGUAAUUUUCUAUUACCACCAUCGUUGUAGAGUAUAUUUGAUAAGAGCAGAAUAUUCAAUAAAAUUCAAAAGAAAAAUAAAACCAGCCUCUAGUUGGUAUGACUGACCAUCACACUCAGAGCAUAACAUUCCUUUUGAAUCGUAUCUAAUAUCUUGAACUCUUGGGACUGUAGAAGUGUGAUAAUGAAACCUAUGUCGUACAACUCUGACACGCUAGUAACGUUUUAAGUUAGACUAUUUGUACACGCGUAGCAGCAUCAGAACAACAAGAUAAAGACGCAGCAGGAGAAUCUAUUGCAACGCAAGCUUUAUUAUAAUGGAUAAAAGAUCAGCUUCUUCCAUAGUUGGUGACUACUUUUACUGAGCAUCUUUUGGUUACACUUUAAGAGUGUGGUUAUGCUGCAUCUAGUUCUGUAGUUUCUUUUUGAACCUGCAUCAGAUUAUGUUGUUGCUUCUGGUUCUAUUGUUAUUUUUGAUGCUACAUUAGUUGAAAGGUUGCAAUAAGUUUUUUUCUUCUAACGUUUGUUACAUUUCUGCUUUGGUUAUUUUCAGUUUUGAAAAAAUGUCACUGAAGCCAAACUAUAUUUCAGUUCGGUUUGAAAUUUGAAUAGUUCGGUUCGGUUUUGUGUAUCAUCAUUAUGUGUUUCGAACUGAACCGAAUUUGUUUCAAAUUUUGGUUUAU